AGAGUUCUCCCACUUCCUCUGUCUUGUUCUUGUUCUUUGCUUUCAAGUGAGUUGAGAGAAAGGCUGCCUAGCGCUCUAACGGAUUUGAGAGCUAGGGCCGCACGAUCGAGAGUAAGGUCGUGACACCGCCCACGGACCCUUGUUUUGUAGGCUGUUUGGAG